UCAUGUUACACUGUGUAGUGAGCGAGGUAUGAGUAGACGUAUAAUUGCUUAGUUGCAUGUUCGCGACUAUGACUAUUCAGUAUUCGCAAUUGUGAUUGGGAAGCUGUGGUCUCACGACGCUAUUGUAGAGCGGUUGCAUUGCGUGCGAGAGUUUACCUGUGGUGUUAUUUGUGUUGAGUGAAAAAAUCAUACUAAAUAUUGUUGUUUAAUUAUUGUUUAUCAGUCCUUAUUCCCGGACGUCACGAUGCCUCAGACGAGUUCUGCGAAUUCUAACGGACAUUCUGUACGUGUACAAAACAAUGGAUGGCAUUCAGCAGAGCAACGCAAUGGUCACCAACCGCACAGGAAAGUUUUUGAUGACGAGGAAUUUGAAGGCCAAGGGAUCGCAGUUAACAAAAUGGAUGACAGUAGCGUUAGAUAUCCCGAUGGCACGGUACGCCUCCGCAACCCGAACAUCGAGCUCAUGGACCAAGACAUCCUCUACCACUUGGCACUGGGCAGCGGCUCGCACGAUCUCAUCGAAAUGUUCGGUGACGUUAAGUUCGUGUGUAUGGGCGGCACGCCGAAGCGCAUGGAGCAGUUCGCGUACACCAUCAUGGCGGAGAUCGGCCACAAGCUGCCGUGCGGCACCACGCUGCAGGACAUCAGCCACUUCUCCUACCGCUACUCCAUGUACAAAGUCGGGCCUGUUCUCUGCAUCAGUCACGGCAUGGGGAUACCGUCCGUGGGAAUCCUGUUACACGAGGUGAUAAAGCUGAUGUACCACGCGAAGGUCCGCGAGCCGGUGUUCUUCAGGAUCGGCACGUGCGGCGGCAUCGGCUACGAAGGCGGCACCGUCAUUAUAUCCGAAGAGGCUGUUGACGGCGCACUACGAAAUGUUCUCGAGCUGACGGUACUUGGUAAGAAUAUCCAGCGUCCGGCGAAGUUGGACAAGAGGCUAGUGCGAGAGCUGAAGGCGCUCUCUGAUCCCGAAGAUCCCUACGACACUGUCACGGGCAAGACCAUGUGCACUUACGACUUCUAUGAAGGUCAAGGACGUCUCGACGGUGCUUUCUGUGACUUCACCGAAAACGACAAAAUGGAGUACUUGGAGAGCAUUCACAAGGCUGGCGUCGUCAACAUCGAGAUGGAGUCGCUCGCGUUUGCGGCUCUCACCCACCACGCCGGCAUUAAGGCCGCUGUCAUAUGUGUCACGCUGCUAGAUAGGCUUAAGGGAGACCAGGUUUUGGCACCCAAAGAAGUUCUGGAUGAGUGGCAGCAGCGUCCAACGAAACUUGUUUGCCGGUAUAUUAAAAAGUACUUGCAAAUGAAAGGACGACUGUCGUUGGAAGGACACGGGUCAAUCGCCGUGAAAAGUCCAAGGCGAUUCAAACUAGUGCAGCAAGAAUCCGAAACCUAUGAUUAAUGAGUAAGGCAACUUGAGAAUGUGCAAUCAAAAAUUGUAGCAAACAGCAAACCUUAAAAGGUGAAUCGUCACAGAUUAAAAAAAGGUAUUGUUCAAACGUAGGCACGUUUUUAUUUAUUUAUUUUAUUCUUUAUUUUUUUUUGUUAAUUAUAAGACUUUAUUACUAUUCUACUAAUGUAAAAAAAAGAAAAUAAUAAUAAAAAUUUGCUUUAAUUAAAUUUUGACUGGGGCCGCUGAUCGUGAGUUUCUCUAUUUUUGUGAUUUAUCAAUAAUAGAAUAUCGUACGAGUAUUUUAUUAUUUACUAGCGGAUGCCCGUGAAUUUGUCCAUCUGAAAUUUAGUUUUCAAGAAUCAACCGGUAACCAUGAAUUUUUCCGAUAUAAAAAGUAUCCAAUAUGUUGCUCAAUAAUUUCUUCUAAAUGAAAUUUAAUUUACAAAACCAUAAAACUUGAUUCUUCAGAAACUAAAGUUUGUAUGAUAUUAAAAAAUAUGUUUGGUUCAGAUAAUUUAUCUAAAAUAUUUUUUAAUUUUCAUGCUUUUUUGUUUUGUUUGUUUUGUUUAAUUAAAUACGUAGGAAGCUUUAGGAGUACAAUCAAACUGUAUGCAACUGUUUCCUGUGUUUCCAAAAUGUGUCUACGUUUGCAUUUCUAUAUCUUGAAAAAAAUUGGAAUGGAAAUACUUUUGUUAUUAAUUCACCUUACUACCUAUUUUACUUUUUUUACCAAGAUUUCAUUCUUGGUACAUGUUGCAGCUGGAAAAAUAUUUUGUUCUCUGGUUAAGUACUGUGACCUGUAAAAAUCCAUGCUAUGAAGCUAGAUUAUAUUCGAUAUUCUAUAUAUUUUGGCACGACGAUUGUUGUGUUACUGCCUAUUUAACUACAUAUUUUGUAUUUAUUGUUAAAUUUUUAUAAUCGGUAAGUUUACCUUUGAUAUGGUGAUAUUAUUCAUUUCAUGUAAUUUUUUUUAAUAUAAAUUUUAUGCUCGCUUCGGUGAAAUAUCGAUAAUUAUUACAUAUCCAAUAAUUACUUAAAUUACUUAGAUGAUGGUAUUAUAUUAUAUCAAUAGGAUUGAGUUUCGAGUAUUGGCAUCAUGUACUCGUAUGUAUCUACAUAGUUUUUUUGAACGGUUUUCUUCAUCACAUUUUCUUUAAUACUUGAGUUUAUUUAAAAAAGUUAAAACUCUAAAAUAAAGAUUGAUUUUUUUUUAUAUUUUUGUAUUUAACCUACUUUAAAAAAUACCAAGUGAAAGAUUUUAAAUUUUUUUGGAGACUUGGAUGUAUUAUGGUUUAACAACCUUGCAAACGCGUUGUUAAAUUGUUUACAGAGAUAUAGGUGGACAUCGAAAUCCGUUUAAUGGCUUAAAAUUAUUUAUUCCUUCUAAAUUAAGUUAUUUCACGUUAAUUAUUAGCUCUUUUAACACUGUUCUAACAUAUUUAUCUACAAAUAAAAUAAAAUUACAUAAUUUAUUGCUUAACUAUAGAAACUUUAAUACUGUAUUAUGUAUAACACAUAUGUAACCAUUUUAACUCAAAAAAACAUUUUUUAUAGUUAUCUCGUACAUAUCAAGAGAUAUUUUUGUAAUACUACCUACAAAUUAUACUAGCACUUAAUUACAUACACGAUCUUUAGAGUGUUUCAAACGAAUAAAGCGAAUAUUUUGUUAAUAACCAAUUUAAAAGGCCCACUGUCUAUAUUGCUAAUAUAUUGCAUUCCAUAAUUCUUGUUAUCAGAAUAUUAAUAAUAAUAGUGAAAGGUUGCUAAUGCGCGCGACUUUCAAAUAUGAUUCUGUAGGAUUUUAUCAAGGUAAAAAAAAAGGUUUGAUAAUAUCCAUUAUCUACGACUACGCAUAUGUACUCGUAUUUAACACGCUUAUAUUAGUUUCACUUGAAACUAUGUAUGUAAGAAAAUCAAAUCUUAGAAUCUUAAUUUGACCCACUUCCCGGUCUUCAAUUAGGAUGAAAUUUUGCACACGCUCUGAGUUUUGAUGACAAUACAUGACUAGCUAAGAAACGUCAUCCAAAUACAAAUCCAAUAUGACGGCCUCCCCAAGAUGGCGGACUUGCUGUUUGAAAUCCACCCCCAUGAUGUGGAUAUCAAAAGGGUUUGAUGUCAGGAAUUUAAAUAUCACGUGUCUCAAUCGGUGAAGGAAAACAUCGUGAGGAAACCUGCAUACCAGAGAAUUAUCUUGAUUCUCUGCGUGUGUGAAGUCUGCCAAUCCGCAUUGGGCCAGCUCGAGUCUCCUCUCAGAAUAAGAUGGGUUAGGCCAAUAGUCCACAUUGGCCUAACCCAUCUCAUUCUGAGAGGAGACUCGAGCUCAGCAGUGAGCCGAAUAUGGGUUGAUGACGACGAUGCUUAAACAUAUUAAAUAUUCAAAGUAAGUAAGCAGUUUUAUUUUGCUUUAGUGCUCUUUUAUAACUGCUUAUUAGUUACGUAUUAUAAGUUGUAGUGGCGGAUUACCUAAUAACAAACCUUUCGCAGCCUAUUAUAGUAGGUGCGAGUAUUGCUCUCUACAUUUGUGCUUACUAAUUUCAAAAUUCAUCCCUUUAGAAAGUUAUAUUAAUAAUUAUUCUUGUCUUAAAAAUCUUGUUAAUAGAAAAAUGGCGUUUGCAUUUGCAAUGAGACUAGGAUCUCAUAAGGACAGUGACACACUGACUACCUUUUCGUUGGUGACUUAAAUUAUUUAGUAUCUUUGUAUCUACAUCUGAAAAAUCAUUUACAUUUUAUGAACUGCCUAAUAUUAUGAAAGGUUUACAAUUUGAAUAAAUUUCUUCUUUGAAUUCUUUUUAUAAAGACGAAUUAUUAUAUAUCGACUAUCUUUCUAUGAUAAAAAUUAUCUACAUAAUAAAUAUUUUACUAUUACCACAUUUGCUUAUGUACUUAGCUGGAAAUAUAUCACUCCUUCUGACUAUGACAAUGAACAUCGAAGUUGAAGAUACCGAUUGACAAGUUGGUUGUCUGAUAGAUUUAAUGUGCUUCCACGAGUGAAUAGUAGAUAAAUGUUGUUGUAAGUUUGUGCACCAGUGUGGUUGGAAGUUUAGGAUGUAGUAGAGGAGUCCAUGAUGCUUAAAGAGAAUUACUUCGAGCGUCACGGGGAUCUAUAAGAUUUGGCAGACGAUGGGAAGGUGGUUACAUAUAGGUGUAACCUACUAUUAUAUAAUAUAAAAUAUUUUCGCUUUCAUAAGCGUCUGCAGAUUUUAAAGACAACUUUGGUUACCUAAAAUGAAAGAAUGACCGCUCUCGUGGCUCAAGAAUAAAAAGACAACGAUUAUAUUGUGCAAAUUUGUAACCCUUAGAGAAGGGUACCGUUACCGUCAAGAUAAGGGUACCUAAGGGUUGCCGUUGUCGUAACGUAGCCCUGAGGUUACGUUCAAAUCAUCAUAUUUUAGAAAUGCAGACUUUUUUAUUAACUAGCAACUUUAUCUUAAUCUGGUUAAACAUGCUGGUUGAGAAUUUGUGAAGAGUUUUUUUUGCCUUAAGUGUACCCACCAUUAUUAUAAUAAGUCCCCCUACUUACCGGGGAACGAACUACGCGCGAGGGCAUGUUUAUCUGUCGCGCUCGAGUAAAUCCCAAAAUCACUUCAUCGGCUCCGCUACUAAUGCUGAUCUGUAUGGACAGUUUUUUGUUGUCAAAGUAGCUCUAGAGUUUCACUGUUUAAUUAUAGUAAAUGUUGAAACUAAGCCUAUAAAUAGCCCUGCUUACAGUGGAAUACGUUUGCUCAAAUGUACUUACUUGCACAUUGAAUCUCCACUCAUAAGUUGGUACUUGAAAUAUUAAUUUGACAGUACCUACUUAUAUGUGUGAAUCUGCUGAGGGAGAUAGCUGGCUGCAGGGUUGUUUAAUAUUGCUUCACAAAUAUUAUGAUGUUUGAAUAAUUGAAUAUUUAUAAUGUUAUACCGUAAGUACAAGUUAAGGGAUGGAUUAAUUAAAUUGUAUCUUAAUAUUAACUGUCUAGGUAAUAUUUGCGAGUUAAGAUUACAAAGUAUUUAAGUCAUGACGACUUUGUGACCUAUACUUAUGGCACCAAUAUUAAAUAGUAUAAAUUAUUAUUAACUUUAGGUUUAAGCGACUUCUAAUAAAAUAAAAUGUUAAAUGCUUGGUAGAGAAUGUAGUUAAAAUGUAAUGGUUAAAAUUGCACUAUUCGAUUGGUUUGACCUAUUUUUUGUGUCAAUAUAAAGUAUGAGGUAUGAAAAUAAAAUGUUAACUAUUAUAUUCAAUUUUGAGCAUGUUAGUUAUUGAAGUUGAAUCUACGUAUGCCAAAACUAUGUACAAAUCAGAGCAAACGUUUUUUGUAUGAAAUGUUUAGCCAACCGUUAUUAGACAAAUUUUGAGGUAGGUACCUAACAAGUGUAUUAAUGUAACUAUAAUAAUCAAUUGCCCGAUUGGUAAAACUUUUGCGCCUACGAUUUUUAUGUUAACACUAACUAGGUACCUCCUUAAAAUUCGUAUCUUAUAUAUUUCUUCCUUUUAUUUUAAUGAGAGCGACUCCAUUUUUAAGUGGAUUUAUUAUUUAUAUUAACAUACUGUUUGUCGGUCUGAUUUUAAUGCAUAUUGAUUGAUACUUCUUACCGGUUCGGUGAGUGAAUCUACUUCAAGAGACUCGGCAAUUUUUAAUUUCCAAAAACUGUUAUACAUUUAGUUAACUUCAGUUUAAAUAUAAAAUGCUUUUGUUGAAGGCAACCAUCUUGAAUUUGGCUGUAAGUCAACGUCAACGACAUAUCCCAUUUAAUGAAAGGUAAAAAAUUGUCAGCCAAUGCUCCUAAGCGUUAUAUUUACCGUUUUCUAUAUGUUCUGUGACUGCUAUUAUAAGUAAGGCAGGCGACUAUAGUAGUAGUUCGAACCGUGGUGUCUUUGGAUGAUGCAGCUGGUUUCAACUGUCCAAGUAUGAGGCAUAUCUUUUUUAAAUAUUAUAUUAUGAGAAAUCAUAUCUCCUGCCACCAGUCAUUUAGCUUCCCGGCAACCCUUUGAAAAACACAAUUAAAGAACUUAAAGGGUCUUUCGGCGAAGUGUUGCCACGAGAUAAAAAAUAUUGUCCGGCGACUAGGGACAUUAUUCCUCAUGAUGUUCCAUAGAAAAAAGAAAUAAAUCACGUUUUAUACUUAUGGAUAACUAGCAGACGCCCGCGACUCAGUACGCGAGAAAUUCCGUGUGUCAUUAACUCACGGGAACCAUGUAUUUUUUUCGGGAUAAAAAGUAUGUUCCUAUAAGCUGACAGUAAACUUACAGCCUAUAUAACAUUAGGAAUCAGACAUACUAAAUCUAACACUAUCAUAAGCUCUCGUUCCUUAAGGUUAUAUGUACACUGUGUAUAAUAUUUUUCUAUUGAUUUCUUAAGAAAUGUAUCUUCAGUCAUUGCAUUUGUAAAACAUUUUGUUUUCAUAACGAAAUUGGCGAAACUGGAAACUGUAUGUUUUUAUACAAUUGUCUGUUACAUAUUAUAAUGUAUCUAUAUUACAUAUUGGGCAUAUGUGACAGAGAUUAGCCACUGGGUCCGCUUGCAUGUGUUAUAUAUUGAAUAAAAAAGUUCGUUUCCUCUGA